CCGGCGGCGCCCGCCUCCGCCCGCCGCUCUCCCCGCCCCGGGGUCCGGGAGAGAGCUGCGAUUGGGCGGGCGCGGCGAUCCCUUUGAAGUGUGGCUGCGGAUCGCGGCUAUUUGACGUGCAGCUCGCGGAAGGCGAAGGUUUUUGUGUUGCUCGCCUGGGCUAGCGGCGGCGGCGGCGGCGGCAGCGGCGGCGGCGGAGGUGGAGGAGGGGAGGCGGCACCGAGGCGCAGCCACUGCUGCACGGCGUUCGACGCAGCGGAGCGAGCCCACCCGCCCCGGGAGCUCGCCUCCCGGAGCUUCCCCUCCCUCCCCGCCCCCCCAGUGGCGCUGCCUCCUCCAAAUGAGCGAUUCGCCCGCUGGAUCUAACCCAAGGACACCCGAAAGCAGCGGCAGCGGCGGCAGCGGCAGCGGCAGCGGCGGCGGCGGGAAGAGGCCGGCGGUGCCGGCGGUGGUGUCCCUCCUGCCCCCGGCGGACCCCCUGCGCCAGGCGAACCGGCUUCCGAUCAGGGUUCUGAAGAUGCUGAGCGCUCACACCGGUCACCUCCUGCACCCGGAGUACCUGCAACCGCUGUCCUCCACUCCCGUCAGCCCCAUUGAGCUGGACGCCAAGAAGAGUCCGCUGGCACUGCUCGCCCAGACCUGCUCGCAGAUCGGCAAACCCGACCCGCCGCCCUCGUCCAAGCUCAACUCGGUAGCCGCAGCCGCCAACGGGCUGGGAUCCGAGAAAGACCCGGGCCGCUCCGCCCCCGGCACCGCCUCCGCGGCCACCGCGCUCAAGCAGCUGGGGGACUCCCCCGCCGAGGACAAGUCCAGCUUCAAGCCCUACUCCAAAGGCUCCGGCGGCGGCGGCGGCGACUCGCGCAAAGACAGCGGCUCCUCGUCCGUGUCCUCCACCUCCUCUUCGUCCUCCUCGUCCCCCGGAGACAAGGCGGGCUUCAGGGUCCCCAGCGCCACCUGCCCUCCCUUUCCCCCGCAUGGAGCGCCCGUCUCCACCUCGUCCAACUCGUCUUCACCCGGAGGCUCCCGCGGAGGUUCCCCGCACCACCCAGACUGCAAGAACGGUGGCGGGGCCGGCGGCGGCGGCGGAGACCUGGACAAGAAAGACCAGGAAGCCAAACCCAGUCCGGAGCCAGCCGCCGGGAGCCGAGGCAGCGGCGGCGGGGACUCGGCUCACGGUGGCCCGGAGGCCGCGGCCUCAGGGCGCAAGUCGGAGCCGCCCUCUGCUCUGGUGGGGGCUGGCCACGUGGCUCCAGUGUCACCCUACAAGCCGGGCCACUCGGUGUUCCCGCUACCGCCCUCCAGCAUCGGUUACCACGGCUCGAUUGUGGGCGCCUACGCCGGCUACCCGUCUCAGUUCGUGCCUGGCCUGGAUCCUAGCAAGUCUGGCUUAGUGGGAGGCCAGCUGUCCGGGGGCCUGGGCCUGCCACCGGGCAAGCCCCCCAGCUCCAGCCCGCUCACCGGGGCCUCCCCGCCCUCCUUCCUGCAGGGAUUAUGCCGUGACCCCUACUGCCUGGGAGGCUACCACAGCGCCUCGCACCUCGGCGGCUCUAGCUGCUCCACUUGCAGCGCGCACGACCCGGCCGGGCCCAGCCUGAAGGCCGGUGGCUACCCGCUGGUAUACCCGGGGCACCCCUUGCAACCCGCGGCGCUGUCUUCCAGCGCCGCCCAGGCCGCGCUUCCGGGCCAUCCUCUCUACACCUAUGGCUUCAUGCUGCAGAACGAACCGCUGCCGCACAGCUGCAACUGGGUGGCGGCCAGCGGGCCCUGCGACAAGCGCUUUGCCACUUCCGAGGAGCUGCUCAGCCAUCUACGGACUCACACCGCCCUGCCCGGCGCAGAGAAACUUCUGGCCGCCUACCCCGGGGCCUCGAGCUUGGGCAGCGCCGCCGCAGCGGCUGCAGCCGCAGCCUCUUGCCACCUGCAUCUCCCCCCGCCCACCGCCCCAGGCAGCCCCGGAUCGCUGUCCUUGCGGAGUCCACACACUUUGGGGCUAAGCCGAUACCACCCCUAUGGCAAGAGUCACUUAUCUACAGCCGGGGGGCUGGCAGUACCAUCCCUCCCCACAGCCGGACCCUACUACUCGCCAUAUGCGCUGUAUGGACAGAGACUAGCCUCCGCCUCGGCGCUCGGAUACCAGUAACUACAGCUCUGGCCCCUCCCAGCCCUUCCCCACCCACCCCUUCCUCUCUCGUCCCCCUGCCCGCGACGCUGCAACCACUACUGCUUACCCCUACCAGGAUCCAGCCCAGCCCUUCCCCACUGGACUGUGUAUUUAUUUACUAUAAUGUUAGCUUACAAGCUGGGAAUAUAAGUGCAUUAAUGGCCCACAUGAGUCGAUGGUAUGCAAAAAGUCUGUCUCCCCAAAUAAUAAUAUUAACCACCCAGAUAACUCCAUGGUCCCCUUCCCUCUCCCUCCCUUUUUUAUUUUCUUUUUCUUAGGUAUACGUUUUAAGGGUUUUUUGGUUCUUUUGGGUUUUUUUUUCUUUUUGACUGGUUUGGUUUUAAGGAAUGAAGAGAGUUGGGGUUCUACACUUUUAGUUUCCCUGUCUUGGGAAGUCUCUUGCAUGAGUCUUAACUGUUAAAACUGCAUUUCCUCCCUUUUCCUUUCAUCCCCUCUUAUUUCUUUCCAUGUGAGGUUUUAUUUUUUUUUCCUUUGUACAAAAAAAAAUUAACAAUUUUUGGGGGGUCGAGGGGAGCAGCCUUGGUGGCGGGGAGGUCUUGAGCUUUGUUGACUCAGAACUCCGUGACCCUCCCCAGCACCCCCUCCUUUCCCCACAGGAGCCCUUGGUCCUAGGCCCUGGCCCCUCAAAUCAUAUCACAGCCUUGACCCUCCAGGAUGCUCAGAGUCCAGGAGCCACCAGCAGGCCUCCCCUGCAGUGGGCCCCUUGACCUCCAACAGACCCAUCCAUUGUACCUUCCUGGCCCUUCAGGGACCCACACCUUGCCCUGCAGUCAGAUUGCCCGCUGAAGUGGACUGGGCACAUCCAGUCAAACGUCUUAAAAGGCCCCGCUGGCACGAAAUUGCUGUUUCUAUUUUGUGAAGUACCUUAUCGUCAUUAUUUUUUUCUUCCCUAGUUGGGACUAUGACACCCCGCCCUCCCGCCCUCCCCUGGUGAUAGGGGCGGGGCCAGGGAUCCUUGAAGGAUCCCUCCAAAGCAGACUAGUCCCAAAGUCAUGAGACCAGACAACAUUAGUAGCUCUGUUGGGGGCAGGCUGGGGACUCAGGGAGUCCUAGGAUCACAGCACUCCCUUCGCCCUGUCCCAGACCUGAGCCAGCAAUCUGCAAAAGCUGGCGGUGGGUUUCCGUGAGUUCCUGCGGUGGCUAGGAUUAAAGACUCAACCCGGGUCUUCUCCCCCCACACCUUCCCUCCCUUCCGGUCUUACGCAGCAGCGCCGGGGCUGCGGGGCCUCUUGUGGGGUGAACAGAGCUCUCUCCCUUGCUAAGACUAUUUUGUUAAUAAAUGGAAUACUUGGCUAUAUUCA